AUGAACGACGAGAAUAUGGUGCGCUCCAAGGCGCCGACACGCGCUCGCGUUCCCGGAGGAUUGAAGGAGGCCAACCCGGCCUUCGCCAACUCCCGUUCGGGUCUCAUGCAGCCCGGCACAAUCGCCAAACAGCCCUCUACUCUACCACAACUAUCUCGCUCGAAAAGCACCACGCAGGCCCCUGAAACCCAAAAAAUCGGACCCGGGAGAACGGCCACAUCGAAGACCGGCGUUACCACCCGCGCACACACCAGGGCAAAGUCCGCCGCAGCUCCCGCCACUUCCACUAGAGCCUCGUCGCGAAUUGCCGCUACCACACGACAACCAGCUCGACCACAUUCGGCCCUCAGUGGUCCCCGAAAACACACCGGCCCCUCGAUUCCCAGACCCGCUACGUCCUUGGAUACCCAUGAUGAAGAAGAACCCGCUGGAAGUGUUCUAGGUAAACGAAAGGAUGCCGGAUGGGACCUAGAACGUCGAGAGAAACAUAUAGAGGAGUUGAUGAAUACCUUCAUGACCCAGGUUGGCAAAGCCGGGCAGGAUAGUUUUGGUCUAAAAGAAACUGUUGAGCUGUACAAAACACGAGUGAACGAAUUAGAAACAUCCAAGGAUCAAUUGUCGGACAAGAACCUCAACCUACGCGUGGAACUCGAGACGGCUAAAUCUCGAUUGGAAACGAUGGAGAACGUCCUAAAAGAAACGCAGGAAGAGCACGAAAUCGAACUGGAACGCAUGAAUAAACGGCAGCGUAUCGAACUGGAUAACGCAAAAGAAGAGAGUAAGGAACAGUUGGAAGCAUUAAGCGCUCAGCAAGAGGACGAGAUUCGCGAACUUAAGCGCCGGUUCGAGCGCGACUUGGAGGACGAGAGAGCUGCGCGACAACGAGAGCUUAGCCAACUCAACUCCCAAACAGCCUUCGAUGCGCAACGGGUGCAAAUCGAAGUUGAGAAGAAAGAUCGAGAAAUCCGAACACUGCAGGACGACUUGCAAACAUUGCGCGACAAUCUCGAGCGAGAGCGGAAGAAUAACCAAGACCUUCGCCAGAACCUCGACACUGCAAGCGGCAACAGCAUUACUCUUGAAUCGUCCAUCCGCGCGUUGAAGGCUAGAAUUGAAUUCCUCGAAUCCGGACGGGAGGAACAAUCCGCGUCAUUCGAGCGCUUGAACCAGCAAAUGAUCGAUGCCCUGGCCGAAACCAAUGAAGCGAAAGACAAGCUGCGGAAGGAAGAGACACUCCGUCGGAAGCUACACAACCAGGUUCAGGAACUCAAGGGCAAUAUUCGGGUAUUCUGUCGAGUCCGGCCCUCGCUGGAGAGCGAACCCGAGACCGACAUCGCCCAAAUCGGAUAUCCCGACCAGUCAGACGAGUCGAAGGAGAUAAAUGUCCUGGGCCCGGAGGAAAAGAGCAGCCUGGGAGCUGUUUCUAGGAAGAACAACAACUUCGCUUUCGACCGUGUGUUUAGCCCAUCGACAGCGAACGGGGAGGUUUUCGAUGAGAUCAGCCAGCUGGUGCAGAGUGCCCUGGACGGAUACAAUGUGUGCAUCUUCUGUUACGGUCAAACUGGUAGUGGAAAGACUUACACAAUGUCCUCUCUUGAUGGAAUGAUUCCUCGGGCAGUUCACCAAAUUUACGAGACGGCCCAAGGCCUUGAGGAGAAGGGCUGGAUGUACACCAUGGAAGGCAACUUUGUCGAAGUCUACAACGAAAACCUGAACGACCUACUUGGCAGUGCCGACGACCUGGACAAGAAGAAGCACGAGAUCCGCCACGACAUGCAGCGUGGCAAGACCAUCAUCACUGAUGUCAACACCGUCCGCUUAGAGUCUCCCGAGAUGGUUGAGACAAUUCUCAAGCGAGCCGCUGCCAACCGUUCGGUUGCGGCCACGAAAGCCAACGAGCGCUCCUCGCGGUCUCACUCCGUGUUCAUUCUCAAGCUCAUUGGGGAGAACCACAUUACGGGCGAGCGCAGUGAGGGUACUCUCAACCUGGUAGACUUGGCAGGCAGUGAACGCCUGAGCCAUAGCGGAGCUACCGGCGAGAGAUUGAAGGAGACGCAGAAUAUCAACCGCAGCUUGAGCUGUCUAGGAGAUGUGAUUGCCGCUCUGGGACAAGGGAAAGAAGGUGGACACAUUCCCUACCGGAACAGCAAGCUUACGUACCUCUUGCAAUUCUCCCUCGGAGGCAAUUCCAAGACCCUCAUGUUCGUCAUGGUCAGCCCGUUGCAGACACACCUCGCCGAGACCCUAACCAGUCUCAAGUUCGCCACGAAGGUGCACAACACACAUAUCGGAACCGCCAAGCGCCAGGCUCGUGUUCGCGACUGUUAA